ACACUGGCUCUCGUUCAGCAUCUGCUACAUGGAGCGUUUAAAUCCGUUUGCUUUCAUUAAAUCGCUUAAACGUGAUUUGCAACGUACCAGGUCGAUCAAAAACCGACUCAGGAGUCUAUGCUAAUAAUCUUGUGAGAGAGAGAGAAGCGGCUGCUGUUUGACGCAUUGCCAUCUUCCUGCUGCCGGGGAGCGAUUCUGAGGGAAAAGCUCAUUGCUCUGAGGCGGAACCUUGUAGCUCACUCCCAAUCCAACUCAUGUCCCCCUUUUCGCCCCCUCCACUUGAAAUCAGACUCUCAAAGACACAAUUCUCCAAACGUGCUUUGUGUAUUCAAAUAUGCCGCGUUGGUAACCGUGCCUACUGCUCCCAGACAAAGAUUAAUCCCCUUUGGCUUUGGUUCCAUAAACGGCUUUGCCCAACCAAUGCUUGCUUUUUUGACCGGUUCCAUCCCAGAAUGCUGACUGAUAUUGAUCGUUUUCCAGAUGGGUUCACGUGUUAUUCCCCCCGUGGUUUGUGUAGAGAUGAGAUGGCGCUGUGUGUCUCCAGAGAAAUGGGAAUGUGCUGUUGCUAAAGACUGACUGUGUGUGUGUGUGAGAGUGAGAGUGCUGUUUGUAGUCAGUCCCCCUCACAGCGCCUCCUGAUGGCUGAACAUUGGCAGCAGCAGCAGCAAUACAAGACAAACCAGCGGAUAGCAAUCCACACUCCAACUCCCGCCUGCUGCUGAACAUCACGCCGAUCUAUAAUCCAGAUCUUCAAAGGCGUUCUGAUCUCGGCCAGCCUCUUCGGGCUGCAUUUACCAGCAGGGAGGGGUCACUGGACUCGGAUUAAAGGCCAAAACCUUGGCUGGUUUUAUUUUCCUUUCCAGUUCCAGCGCCUUCCUUUUCUGUUGAAUACGGCUCAACACAAACUCUCGAGAGAGGCUCACUUUUCCCGGACCAUUACCCAAACUGACCGCUGUCGUUAUCGCUCCUGGAGAGAGGAGUUCGCACAUCAGUCCCGCCAGCAGGAGAAGGUCCAAGGUUCAUCUUCAGUCUUGUCGUUGGAACAAUCCCCUUGCCACCGCCAUGAAGACAAUUGGUGCAUGAAGACACUAUUCCCAUCGAUCAAGCUUUACCAGAAGGAGAUUUAGAUUCGGUGAAGACUAAAGGCUGCCAUGGAGUCCAAGAGUCCGCUGCCUGAGGUGAUGGAGCCGGCUGGAUGUUGCCGGCUCAGCGCCGGGCGAGCGUUCCAGCGGCACAAGCAGCGGCUGAUGAGGAAGCUGAGGCUGCCGCGGAUCCUGGCCUUCUCCCUUGGCGUGCUGGCCCUCUGCUCUUUCUCUCUCCUCUUCAGUGCCUUCGCCUGCACGCCAGCCAACCCCGGAAGCCCCCCGCUCAAACGCAGAACUCUGCUGGGUUUCGAGGAGAAACCGAGGUUUUCCAAGCUUCAGAACCUCACCCCCAAAUCCGACUUUGCUUUGAAGUACCAAGUGCGGGCGCCCAUAACAUCUUUCAAUAAUGGAACCCAAAGUGGGGACUAUCCCCACGAUAUCAUUUCGCUGGCCCAGAGAAGGAAAGGACUUGUGAUACUACAUGUCCUAGGCAUGAUUUAUAUGUUCGUAGCCUUAGCUAUAGUAUGUGAUGAAUUUUUUGUACCCUCAUUGACAAUUAUUACUGAUAAACUGCAAAUAUCCGAUGAUGUGGCAGGGGCAACUUUCAUGGCUGCUGGUGGGUCAGCCCCAGAACUCUUCACUUCUUUGAUAGGAGUGUUCAUAUCUCGCAGCAAUGUUGGGAUUGGGACGAUAGUGGGCUCUGCCGUCUUCAACAUCCUCUUUGUCAUUGGGAUGUGCGCCCUAUUCUCUAAACAAAUCUUGCGCCUCACCUGGUGGCCACUGUUCCGAGAUGUGUCCUUUUAUAUUAUUGACCUGAUUUUGCUUAUACUUUUCUUCCGGAGUAAUACCAUCGUUUGGUGGGAGAGUGUAAUUUUGUUGUCAGCCUAUGGAACCUAUGUGGUCUUCAUGAAGUUCAACGUUGUGCUGGAACGAUGGGUCAAAAAGAAUUUAACCAGGAACAAAGUGGUGGAGGCAACAGCAACAGCAACAGAAUGUGAUGAAAAGCCCAAGCCACGUCUUCAGCGAGGUGGGAGCUCAGCUUCCCUGCACAACACUCUCAUGAGGAACAGCAUCUUUCAGCUAAUGAUCAACACUCUGGAUCCACUUGCUGAAGAACUUGGAGCAUAUGGAAAACUAAAAUAUUAUGACUCAAUGACAGAAGAAGGUAAAUUCCAUCACAGAGCGUCAAUUCUUCACAAACUAGCCAAAAACAAAUGUCAAGUAGAUGAUGGUGAAAAACCCAAUGUGACUACUAAUCAUGGAGAUAAAGUAGAGCUGCCAAAUACAGCCAAUGUAGAGGUUGAAGUGACUCCUCCAAAGGAUUCCCCCCCAGCAGUGCAGAAUGGAAGCCUUCCCAAUGGAGCAGAAGUUGGAGCAGGACAGGCUGAAGCGUCCAGAGAGAAUGAAGACGAAGACCAGCCACUUAGCUUGGCUUGGCCAGAUACGCCUCUGAAACGAUUAAUCUAUUUAAUUGUAAUCCCUAUCGUCCUUUUACUGUGGAUCACCUUGCCUGAUGUCAGAAAAAAAAGACUACGGAAGUAUUUUAUACUCAGCUUCUUUGGGUCAAUCUUGUGGAUUGGGGGCUUUUCCUAUCUAAUGGUCUGGUGGGCACAUCAGGUUGGGGAGACAAUUGGGAUCUCUGAGGAGAUUAUGGGAUUGACAAUUUUAGCUGCAGGUACUUCUAUUCCCGACCUCAUCACAAGUGUGAUUGUAGCACGGAAGGGACUUGGCGAUAUGGCAGUGUCCAGCUCAGUUGGAAGCAAUAUAUUUGAUAUUACAGUUGGCCUACCCUUGCCAUGGCUCCUGCACGCCUUUAUUAAUAACUUCACCCCAAUCAAAGUCAGCAGCAAUGGCCUGUUCUGUUCAAUUGUUCUUCUCUUCAUCAUGCUUCUUUUCGUCAUCCUGGCAAUUGGGGCCUGCAAGUGGAAAAUGAACAAAAUUCUUGGACUGAUCAUGUUUGUACUCUACAUUGCUUUUCUGGUUAUGGCCGUUCUGUUGGAAGAGAAGGUUUUGAUCUGUCCAAAGACAAGUGGAUCUUCGUGACUGUACUUUCCUUCUGAGGUACUGAUGGGAAAAUUGACUCAUCCUGCCUGCUGCAGCUUUGUUUUUGUUUUAAGAUUGGCUCAGCUGGCCUUGCAGUUAAAGGGGAAUGAGAACGUAAUGCUAAACAAUAACAACUGUAUUUUUUGCUUGAUUAAUUUUCUGUUCUCAUUUCAAGCAAAUGAAUAAAGUUGAUGUUUGCAUCUGUGGCAUUCCUGAUUGGAGAGAUUGACUCUGGGAUUUUUCUCUGGGUUAAUCUAAUGUCUAUGGGAAGACCACUGCCCAAGUUGGUUAUACCCCCCCUCAAGACGAUUCUUUCAUUUUUCUUUCAUUGCUAGGUGAUAUUUCACUGGCAAAGGAAUUUUCUUUGCCAGUUUCUUUUUUCAGCUAUUGAAAUAAUACUGCAUUAUAUUUCAGAAUAACUGGUGUGAAGUAAUUUAUUUUUAAAAACAAUAAUGGUGCAUAAAACUAGUUUGGAGAGCAUUUUGUUUUUGGGGGGGUUGGGGGGUAGUGGUGUUUGGGGGCAUAAUAUUUUGGGUUCUCAGACAGUUAGCCAAACCUACCUUUUCUUUGGGAUCUGAGAAUCAGAUUAGUACUGAAGGUGUAAUGUUUGAUACAGAUUUACUUCUAUAAGUCUUAGCAUUAUUUUUUACACAUUUAUUAAACUAUAUGCGAUUUUAUGUUUUAUAACUUUUUUUGGCUUAGUACAACAAUUUUAAUCACCAGUACAUCUCAUGAAUAAACCAAUGAAGCUGCUAUAGAUCAUGGUACUUGAAAGCAAAUUCAAUCAGGUGUGAAUGGCAAUAUUAAGGUCAUAGAGCUAUUAAUCAAUUAUUAAGGUCGUAGCUAUUUAUCUAUUAUACACAUCAUUGCUUGCUGCCUAAUGCAGAAUAAAAUGUAGUCACUGACAUUCUGCCAUAUUAUGUAAUUAACACCUUAGGGCCUAUAGAUCAUCUCUGCACUUUACUUGGACAAUUAUAGGCUGACAUUGUUGUAUGUUUUCUUUUUAGAAUAUGUUCUUUUUUAAAGUCCAUCAUAUAUUUUCAAAGUGAAACCUGGUUCCAAUAACUUGUUAUUGAGUUGAGGUUUAAGGUCCUGUUAAAUUUAAUCUUAAAUGUAACUUUUUUUUAGAAAAACUGAUUCUGCAUUCUUUUAUUUGAUUAGAUUGUAUUUGCGCCCUUAAUGAACCAAGUUGUUAAUCCAAUAGAAACUCACUCACUUUAUAAAUACUUUUGCACAGUUUUUACAUCAGUUUCCUCUUACUUGGUAUAAGCUUUGUGCAGUAUUUACUGAGAAACAAAUAGAGCAUUGUGAGAUAACUCGCGUUGCACACUCAUAACAUCACACUUAAUGUAGAUCUUUAAUCUUCAUUGUGCUACUGUUAGUGAUUCUAUAUAAUAUGGUCAACAUUUCAGAUUCAGAAAAUCUGGAAUACUAUGAAGGUGUGUUUUUUUAAAAAAUAAUAUAUAUAUAAAAGCUAGUACUUAACUAGGGCUGCUUAAUGUUAAUGCUCAGCAGGUAUUCUAUUUGGUUAGGAUUCAAAUGUUCAUUUACAGCUGUCAAUAAAAAUCAAACAUACAGCAAUAACCUCAUUUCAAUGGGCAUUAAAGUCUGCACUUGGACUAAUAAUAAUCAUAAUGCUCUUAAUGAACUGACAUUAUAGUGUUACUACUAUUGUCAAUCUAGGGAUGGUAUUUGUGAUGUUGGGGAUAUGUUCUUGAAGUUGCAUGGUAACAGCAUUCUGGGCAGUAAUGGAAAGGGAGGUUUGUAUGCGGAUAAGAAACUUCAUCAAGCCAGUGAUUGUUUUGACAAAAUGAAUGUAAGUGCUGAAAAAGACUCAGAAAAUGAGAAGCUCAAGUUAUGCACUCACCAUUAUAUUGAUUAUUGACAUUAGGUUCUUGGGAUGUAUGCUUCACACACUGAAAAUCAUGGGUCUAAGAAUCUGAAUAAUUUCUGAAGCCCACUAUUAAACUGGGAUGCUGGUACUGAUUCCAGCAAUAGAAAGGAAGGCAGGAUGCCAACAAGGUCGAAAGGGGACAGUGAUCACAUACUUUGCAAUUAAUACACAAAUCGUUUUAUUAUACCCUUAAUCAGUUACAACAUUUGUUUUAACCUCUCUGUAACCUGAGAUGUAAAAUUGAAUUAAAAUCUAAGUAGAGCUCAAGGGUCAAAACAUUAAAUGCAAUUUACUUACUUAUUGGGUAAAUCACAGUGAUCCUUCAAUCAAUUCACCCCAAUGUGUGAAAUGGGAUCAAGUUAUCAAUUUUCUUAUUUGAUUGACAACUGCACUCUAGCAAAAAGCAAACUUCUGUGUUCUUUCUGGAGGGGUUUCUUUGAUUUGAAUUUGAUGUUUUUCAUUGUGUUUCUCAGCAUAAAUACAGUUUCUAUUCUUUUUUAAUUGUCUGUUAUUUAUGCCCUUCACUUAUUUUCAUUCCAUCUUGUUUUCUUAUGGUUUUCCAACUCUGUUUCUGAUUUUAAUGUUUUUGAUUAUAGUGUUCAAAGUUUUGUUUUCAUUCAAAAGUAUUCUGCUGUGUCCCUUUCUCUUCAUAUUGUUGGGUUGGUCUCAUUUUGAUCUGUCUACUGAUUGUCCAACUUAGUCCUGCCACUCCAUUUCAAAAUUAAUAUCUCAAUUGUAUGCAUGUUAAUAGCUUCAGACAUUGAGGGUUGUUUUUGAUGCAUAAUCAAGACAUGACAAAAACAGUACCAAAUGCCAAAAUAGAAGUGUGCAGUUAAUUUAUAUGAUCUCACUCCAGCCAUGGUCUCUGAAACGAGCCCUCAUUAUGCCAAUUUUACAUCUAUAACAUGGGUGCAAUCCAGAUCUAAUUUUCGCCUUACUAAAUCAUGCGUUUUGGGGCCAUGGAUAAAUUAGCAUCUUCAGAUAACAUACAAAAAUGGCAUAAACUUUCUUUCAAUUCAUGACAUCCUUUGAACCCUUCCUUGUGGCUUUAAAACACUCAUAAAUACCUUUUCUUUAUAAAUUAUGUAGAAUUUUGAAUUAGUCAUUAAACUAAAGGUCCAAUACUUAAAAAUACUAAAAGUCAAAUGCAUAAAGAUGCUCAAAAAGAAACUGAUGAUACUCAUUUUCUCUAUGAGCAAGAAUUCUUUUUUCUUUGUAAACUUCAUAUUUAACUGUGGUCAUGAGAGUAGACAAAUGUGUUGGAUUCCACUGUCCUUUCAGUACAGCAGACAGCAAGUCAAUGGAUGUCUGAAGAGAGUGGUUUUAUCUCCUUUAUUUCCUCCAUACACUUGGCUAAUGCCUAACCCUUUAUGCAAGUAAUAAACCCAAGAUUUGGGAGCUCAUUGAUACAAGGAUCACAGGAGCCAUCCUGCCACCCUGUGCAACAAUGCUGCAGUCCCAACUGUUCAGUUGCAUUGUCUUUUUAUGAAAAUUAACACAUUUCAGUACCAUUGUAGGAACUGAGAUCAACUACAGAAAAUCAUGUAUUAGAAAUAAUUAGGUGUUUUUGUAAAUAAGGCUAAUAUCUUAAUCAUUCCAUAGUAAGGAACAAUCUUCAAUUUGAUACUGAUCAGUACUGUUGGAGUGUUUAGUGAUUGCAGAUAAUUUUCAUUUGUUCUAAGACCUCAGGUCAUGGCCAACUUUGAGCCCCAAAGUCUGAAGUACUUACAGUUAUGAUUAUUUACAGCAGUGGAAUUUAUCACUGUUUCAUUCAGACUUAUGAGAAUUUGUUCCAUUAUGUCAAACCAAAUGUCUGUCCUGCUGCAGCCUUUUAUGCUCAGGAUUAGCAAUGAGCCGUAAUCUGUCAUUAGUACACAUACAAUUCAGCCACUCUUCAGUUAACCAUUCUUAGAGCUGCAAUAUUAACCAGAUGAAGUUAAUGCAAAAAAAAGAUUUAUUAAAUAAAAUUAUUAUAAGGAGAUAUUGUUGUAAGUAAUUGAGCCCACUGUGUCUAAUAGGCAUUUGGCUUUGGUUAAGCAAAUUAUGAUUCUUUCUAAAUAUUGCAUUGUUUUGGUUGACAAUAAUAUUGAAUUAAAAUUCUUAUUGACAGCAGUAAAUUAAUACAAACACAAAUAAUGUAGUAAUAGCAUAACAAUGUUGGAUCUGUAAAGAUUAUAACAGUCUUAAGUUAUCCCUAAAUUAUGGAUGAAGUGCAGUAAAUAUUUAAAUAAUAAGCUUUUUUUUAAUGUUCCCAGAUAGAUUCCACUCUCUCACUCCCCUGACCACCCACUUGCAAUCCUGGAUAUAUUGCAUGAACAUGAACUGUGGCAACUUAUGAUAAAAACAUUUUUAACAGUCUGAUCCUUCUAAAUAUUUUAAAAGUGGCAUGUAUUCCAGCCAUUAAGCUAUGUUUUGGGUUUACUGUACCUGGAAUUAUUAUCUUUGUGCCAGACUACCAGUGUAUACAGUCUCCAUUAUAAAGUACCAGGUUUAAACUCAGUGGGUGGAAUAACCUCUGCUUUAGAAAACAUCCAUUAGACUUUCCAUCAUGCUUGACUGUAAACAAUAUUGCAGAUAAGCAAUAGACUCUCAGAUCGAUCACUAUUAAUAGAAUUUUUAAUCUGUUUUGAAAUAUAAUACUGGAUAGAGAUUUGAAAAUACUGUGAGCUCGUGUCAGGUGGGAGACCUUACAAAUAUGUUUCAAAGCUAACUAUUACAUAUAGAGGCACAUAAUAACCUUUAAGCACUAUAGAGCACUUAAAAGAUAAAAGACAAAUGGUGAAAUGUGCAUGUACUUUCAUGAGGCAUACAUCAGUUUGGGGAAUUAACAAUUAUUACAUUUCAUUAGGAAACCUCAUCAGUGCUGUGAAUCCGUGAAAAAUGUUUAAAAUCUGCUUCUCCUAUAACUGAAGCAAAGCAAUAUUUGGUUGCAAUAUCUUGAUGGUAACCAUCCAUUUUCAAAUAGUUAAAGCAUCAGUGAGUAUCUGUCAAUAUGCCUGGAAAUUAUAGCUAACCUUUUUUGUUUCAGAUUCUGUUGUCCUAAUUUAAAAUGCUGGUCAUAUAGAAGGGAGAUUUCUCCUUCACCAGUUAAAAAGAAUCUGAAAAUGGUAUAAAGCUGAAAUAAUAAUGGGAAAUGUUGAAAAUACAGAUGGUCAGUCAACUGAAAGGACAGGUUAAUGUCACAGGCUUUCUCUUCAAAUUGAUAAGGGUCUCUGUUCAGCACGUUAACCUGUCUUUCCUCUUUUUUUUAAGAAAAGGCUGACUGACAUAUUGUGUUAUUUGCUUCUUUUGUCAUUUAAGAGUUUUUUCUACCUUAGUUGGAAGUUUUACACAUAACAUGGAGAUUCUAGCCAAGCCAAGAACAACACUAUUCUAAUGUAUGUUGGCUACUUGGACAAAUUCGUACUGCAGAAAAAAUUGCAUCUGCUCCAGCACAAUCCACAUUGUUGGCAAAACCUUUUUUUUUAAUAUCUAUAUAUAUUUGAUAUAUUUUAACAAUACAUGUAACUUCCUCUGUUGAUUCACCUGACAAGUUGUCUUGUGAGUCAUUUUACCAAGCAGCAGUUAUCCCUUUCAGUCCUGUCUCUACAGACUGUAUGUUCCCGGAUAUUAAUUAUGAAAGUUGUGCACAUUGGUGUUUGCAGUAACCAAUGCAACUUUAAUAAAUCAACAUUGAUUUAGAAAAAAGAGAAAUCUCUAACAUGCAUAAUUUCAAGUUAUUGACAAACCGUCGUCUUGAAAACAAAUGUACUGUACUGUGUAUUGGUGUAGUCCUUGUCAUUUCCCAAUGUUAACAGUAGUGCACGACUGUAUAUAGAAAGAGAAAUAUUUAUUUGUACAUAAUCUAUUUAAAAUAUAUACCAAUGGCUUUCUGGGAGAACACUGUUCUUGCACUAUUGUUAUUGUUUUUGCUGUAUCUGUGUAAGGUUUCUCCACUGUGAUAAUGUUGUACACCUGAAGGCAAUCUAUUUCAAUUGUGUCUCUGUAAGAAAUAUAAUGUAUCUAAGUGUGACAAUAAAAAUUAUAAAUGAAA